UGUCCUCCCCGCUCACAGAUACUCGGUGCACUGCAGCGUUGGCAAGGAGUGGUCACACCGACAUAUCAGAAACACGACUCCGAGGCUAACGCUAGCCCCCCCCCGUGCUAACCUAAAGUUCAAACCGUGCUCCGCGGCGGCGCCGUUGUCUUCCCCGGACCGCCGCCUCCAGCAGGUCCUUGGUACCGACGGCCCACACGGACAAUCCCCUCUAAAUUAGCUUAAAAGGCCGCUCAACCGAAACACACGCCAAGUCCAGCUCCCCGUGUGUGCUAAUCUGUGUUUGCUAUGCUAACGCUAGCCCGCUGCUCGGCUACGUGUGGGUUAUUGUGAUGCUAACGUAGCAGGACAGCCAAACCAGGUCACACGGGUCCCGGGCGAGCGCUGUGGCCAACCGGGGCUGAUUCGCUCCGCUACGUCGUCAGUUAUCUGGACCGUGGCGUCAGCAAAGCCACCGGUCCAUUCCUCCUCGUUUCUGGGCUUGGUGGUUCGGUGUCGUCCUACACAUGAGCAGCUAGAGCUCAGCCUCUGAUCUCGGCUCGAUCUCUCACCUCUUCUACUCAAACCACACCCACAGGUGAAGUGUGUAUGGAGCAGUGUGAGAGCGCAGCGGCUCUGCUGGAGUCGGUCAGGGAGCAGGAGGUGCAGUUUGAACAGCUGACCCGGGCGCUGGAGGAGGAGAGGAGGAGAGUGGGCCUCUCUGCCACCAGCCCCUCGGCCCUGGGUCGCCCCCUCCCUUACACACAGAACGGGCGUUUAGGUGAUGCAGACAUAGAACGACUGAAACUCACUGACGCGUACAUAAACGGCACUCAGUACAGAAUGGUGGACCCUGCACACGGCGCUCUAGAUGAGAGCUACACACCAGAAGACGACUCACAGGAAGUGCACUCAGUGUUUUCGGAAGAGGGAACCACAAGACGACUUGACACAAGUCUCCCUCACAUGAAAAAACCAAUCUCACGCACAGUCCUGCCCUCUGACUCCAUGUCCAUCGACGGGGGCUUGUCAGUGUCCGGUAUGGGGGGCUACAGUGCCACACUUGACCGUCCUUACAGGCAGCCUGUAGCAGGAGACUACCCUACUGCCACAGUACCCAGAAACUACCACUACGCCCCUGCAGGGGCUUACGACGAGUACCGGGCGGGCCCGCCAUCAGAAGCAUACACUAGCUUGAGCAGGGGCUCACACAUGGACGAUCGUUACAGGCCUGUUGAUGGCUACAGGACUCUGGAUUCUGGCUACCGGGCUCCAAGCCGUCAGCAGCUUGACCCUUACGCAGCACAGCCCCAGGUGAGCCGGGGAAUGAGGGCCUUGGGCUCAGCAUUGGAGAUGCGUUAUGGCCAAGGCCACUAUGGUCUGGAGGAUGACCAGCGCAGUGUGGGAUAUGAUGACUAUGGUAUGGGGCCUCCACCCAUGCACCCUGGAGGCUACGGGACCAUGCCGCGUCUGGGGCCGGGGCCGGGGCCGGGCCUGGGGCCUGGGGGUGUGGACCGACGAAGACUCAGGAGCUGCGAGGACACUUUGGAUGGUGACAUGGGAGGAGGUGACCCUUAUGCCUGGGGUGUUCCCAUGACAAUGGACAGAGGCAGCAUGGCUUCACUGGACAGCACAUUGAGGAAGGGUCCUCCCACCUCAUGGAGACAGCCUGAGCUGCCCGAGGUCAUCGCCAUGUUGAACUACCGGCUGGACCCUGUCAAGACCAACGCUGCUGCCUUCCUCCAGCAUCUCACAUUCAAAAAUGACAAGGUUAAGUCAGAUGUGCGUCGCAUGAAAGGUAUCCCAUCCUUGGUAACAAUGCUGGACCACCCCAGCAAGGACGUCCACCACUCGGCCUGUGGAGCACUGAAGAACAUUUCAUACGGGCGAGACCAAGAAAACAAGAUCGCCAUUAAGAACUGUGAUGGAGUGCCCGCUCUGGUCAGGUUACUGAGGAAAACCCGUGACCAGGAUCUCACUGACACUAUCACAGGCACCUUGUGGAACCUCUCAUCCCACGACUCUGUGAAGAUGGAGAUUGUAGACCACGCCCUGCACGCCCUAGCUGAUGAGGUGGUCGUUCCACACUCGGGCUGGGAGCGAGCAAGCAAUGGUGCAGAGGAGAGCUGCAAACCACGCCAUCUGGAGUGGGAAACCGCCUUGACCAACACUGCUGGCUGCCUUAGGAAUGUGAGUUCAGAGCGCAGCGAGGCCCGACGAAAACUCAGAGAGUGCACGGGAUUGGUGGAUUCACUCAUGUACGUUGUCCAAUCACAGAUCAACCGCAAAGAUGUGGAUAAUAAGUUGGUGGAGAACAGCGUUUGCCUCCUGAGGAAUCUGUCCUAUCAUGUUCACCGUGAAGUCCCCGGCUUUGAACGUUACGCAGAGUCCGCGCCCCUCAAUCAGGGACCGACCACCACUAACAAAGGUGGCUGCUUUGGCUCUCGAAAGGGCAAAGAUGAAUGGUUUUCUAAAGGAAAGAAGGAUGGAGAUGAUGGAAGUGGAGAUCAGGUGGAUAUUCCAAAGAGGACAACACCUGCCAAAGGUUACGAGCUGUUGUUCCAACCAGAGGUGGUUCGUGUUUACACGUCGCUGCUCAGAGAGAGCAAGAAUCCCUCGGUGCUGGAGGCUGCUGCCGGUGCCAUCCAGAACCUGUGUGCUGGAAGAUGGACUUACGGUCGAUACAUCCGGGCCACUGUGCGUCUGGAGAAGGGUCUUCCCAUGAUGGCAGAACUGCUGGCUCACGGGAAUGACCGUGUGGUCAGGGCGAUGUCCGGAGCCUUGAGGAACCUCGCUAUCGACAACCGCAACUGUGAACUACUCGGUUUGCAUGCAGUGCCUCACCUUGUGGCCAACCUGCCUGGAGGCCAAGGUCAAUCUGGACGUGUUCUAUCAGAGGAAACUGUGGUUUCUGUACUGAGCACGCUCGCCGAGGUGCUAGGCAACAGUCUGGAGGCUUCAAAGACUCUCCGAGCCUCGCAGGGUAUUGAGAGGCUGGUUCUUAUUAACAAGGAUGGCAAGCGUUCCGACCGCGAGGUGCGAGGGGCGGGCCAGGUGCUGCAGCUGGUCUGGGCCCACAAGGAGCUGCGUCGGCCUCUGGAGAAAGAUGGCUGGAAGAAGACGGACUUCAUGGUCAACACCAGCAUCACCAAUGGCCCGAGCACCCGAGCUAACGGCGCCUAUGAAGACAGCACCACGCCGCUGCUGGACAGAGGGGAAAAGAGGGACAUGAUUCCACUAAACGACCUUGGCCCUGAGGCCUACUCUACACUGGACCAGAGGGAGAGGAGACACACUCUGGAUGACACCACAGACACUUUACCGCGAGGGGUGUAUGGGGGCAGAAAGGGCUCCCUGCCUCUGUUGGACUCCUACGAUGAAAAACUGAUCGUGUGCAUCACUCAGACUGGGCCGUCCCUGCCCUACCACUGCUACUGAGGAGAGAAGAUCCAAAUGCACAGACUCUCUCCCUCUCCCCACCCCCUCCUCUCUUGAUCUCUCUCUUUAUCUCUCUCUGUCUCUCUAUCACCCCGCAGAUGGGAUCAGGAGUUGAGGGUUGGCUUCCAAAGAAAGCGGUUUGUGUUGCAGACAUGCAAGUUCGGCGCAGCACAGAUACAAACCAACUUUUUACAAAUUCAUUCAAGUUGUAGCAACAAAACUAUAUUCUGUUUUUGAAUUAUAGUUCUUCUGUAAAGGCAAUCACCUUAGUUGACAAUCAUUUAAUUCUGGUGUUGUCAUCCUGCUUUUUUUAUGUUUUUUCUGUUGUCGACAUGUUGCUGCCAACACCCAUAUCCUGAUGAUGAAUUUGUACGUAGACUUCUAUGUAGGGUAUAUACUGUAUAUAAAAAGAAAAAUGGGAUUGACUGCAUUAGUUUUAGCUCAUUAAUUUAAAUCAUCCCUGUACUGGGAUUGUUGGGAGGGUGGGACGCGGCGGCAGACCGACGACGUCCCUGUAGAUUGAGAAUGUUUAUAUAGGAGUUAUUUUCCUGUCUAGAGUUAUUUUCUCUCGGUUGGGACGAGCUCAGGCGUAGACAAGAGAAGGCAGGUGUGUGUAUAUUUGUCAUACAGUAAACCUGUGGCUGUGCGUGUGUGGGGAAAAAAUUAAUAUGGACCUUUUUGAAUGAAAGUGUGUGUGUGCAUGGACCUGACCCAAACGACCACGUGUUGAUUGUUUCAUCAGCUCGUCGUCUCUUUUUAUCGUGUGCUCCUACUCCUGUGACAAUGCUUUUUUCUUUUUUUUAUGUACCAACUGCCUCCUUUUGUGUUUGAUACUUAAAUUUCCAUAUUUUCUUUAGCUCCCCCUGUGGAAGAAUGACAGUUUCAGCUGAUGUGUUUUGACUUUAAGCAGAAAAACACAUCAAACCUGUUAAUGAAAUGCGAAGCGCGGAACAUGCACCACUAAACCUCUAGAACUUUGCGACAUCCUGCUUCAGAAACCAUUCCAUGCUAUUUUAUUUAAGGUUAACACUAUGGACACAACAUGAGUCUUCAGAAGGGUCUCUUGACUAAUAUUUAUCUCUGACUUGUCCUCAUACUGAUAAAAUUACUACUUGCUCUUUCUUUGCAAUUUGUAGUCAUUGAGACGUGCACAUUUUCAUUCCUGUCGUGCCGUAUUUACAUUUACACUUGGGAGGCUUCUUCACUCAGAGGAGACUCGAGUUUUUAACAGACUGAUUUGGACUUGGAUGUUUCCUUUAAAGUUGGACAAAAGCACAUUUUUGUCUUGGUUCUCUUUUUUUGUACUUUUAUUCUGUCUGGUUUGUAUUUGAUUUCGGGGUUUGUACGUGAGGGAGCGGUGGAUGCAAGAAUUAUGCAAUUAGUUCCACUUUUUAGUCCCAGUUUUACUGCUGACUUGUUUUAAAGGCAAAAGAGACCAAUCAUCUUUGUUUUUUUUACUCUCCACUCAUAUAGUAUAUUUGUACUGUUGCCUAUCCAUGUAAAACUAUGAUGUACCAUUCAUACCUGCCUUGGCUCUGAGAAGUUGCUUUUUUCAGUAAAGUAUGUAACUGGUAAUACUGUUGUUUUUAUAAAUAAAGAUCUUUUCUUAGACAA